AUGGCAUUUAAUAGCUAUCAUAGAAGGGGCUCGCGCUCAGCGGCGCAUGCUACGCUCGCAAACCAAAAUUUCGACGAAGUUGAGGAGCUUCUCUCUCGUAACGUCAACGCACUCGACAUACACAUACUGAAUGCACCUUUGCAGCAUGAACAAGAUGCUGUGAGCGAGGACUCAAGACUUUUCACAAAUGAGGUAAAGUCUGAGGAGUUUGCCAUUCUCUCAACGUCCAGUGAGCGGGACGCGAACCGCGAACUCGAACUUGUAGGGGAUCUAUUGGGCGCAGCUGCCUUUGAGAAGCCAGAGCUGGAGGGCGCAGCUGAACUUGCAGUUUCCAAGUCCCAAAGGAUUGACGACUGGUGUCUGCAGAAUGGACUAAGAAACCAGACCUUUCAAGCCCCAGCAAACAGAAAAAUUCAAGAUAUCAUUGAGGCGUGGGGAGUCGUCGAUGACUCUCCACCAACCCGCAUGCUGCGACCAUUCCGACAAUCAGAACCUUCGCAUAAGCACCCUGAAAAUUAUACUGCACACUUACUCGAUUUGAUGAGCCCUCCGCAGCGGCUUCGGCUUCGCAAAUUUGUAGAGCAGAUGAUGCCCCUUCUCAAGCGACAGCUCACUACUCGCUUCCAAGCUUACCGCUUCAAAAGCGUUCCAUCCGCUUUCAUUAACAGAGAUCUUCAGCUGCAUUGUUCUCUACAAGGCGAACUCCUGUUAGAACCCCAAAGCGCCAACGAUCUCGUAGGUUCCAUGAAUUCGGACCAUAACGAGAGCAGCCGCUGCUCCAGCCCUUCAAGCAUAUCGAAGGCCUCAGAAAACGUACGAUCGUGGCAUAGCUGGAACAUGGUAUCAAGAUCCGAUGCUGACCAUAUUCCGAGUUACUGA